AUGGAAGAUCGAGCAGCUCGAGAGGCUGCGAGCGGUUAUGGCAACGUCAUUGAUCUUACGGAAGAUGCUACAAGCCACACGUCUCAGGCUGCUCUCGGUCAAUCAACAAGCGAUGUAGGCUUCAGCAUAACUGGCUCGAACGCCACUGUUCCCCUGCGAGGUCCUCCGACGGGCGCACCGACCGCAGCCACCUCUUCGUCCAGCAGCAAUAAGGGCCCCGUGCCGCGGGCAGGUGGCUACAAGCCCACUGCGCAGCCCAGAGUUCAAAUGAUAGAGACGCUGGCACGUACCCCUCUCGUUCCCCAGCAAGCCAAUGGCUCGACUGUGCCAAGAGGUGCGGAAGGAAUAGCAAGUGACGCGCCCAAGCACAGCAGGAUAGAUUUGGCUUCCGAAGCAGCUCGCAGAGCCAUGGAGCACAUUCGAACUCAAGUGUUGGGUCGACCAGCUUCCAACUCUCAGCCUCAAUCAACGCCUUGGUACUCUAUGGGAGAGCCCAGCGCAGCAACAGCGGGGGAGCAGCUGGCUGAGGACGCAUCAGGGCAGCAAAUGACGGCGUCGCAGCGAGACGAAUAUUUGCAGAAGAGCAUCAACGCAAUGAUUGAUCAAGCUACAGAGCUGGGCGACAUCGACAUGAGCCAAGCUGAAGUAAAAGGACUUAAGUGCAAGUUGAUGCCACACCAAGUGCAGGGCCAUAAUUGGCUCAAGCUGAGAGAAGAGGCUGAAUUUGCCGGAGGGAUUUUGGCUGACGACAUGGGCCUUGGCAAAGUGAGUGUGGCGAAAUAUCAAAUUGGUGCAGCUGGUAGCGGGCUUGUUGCAUAUCUUAGCUGAUUGUUCAUUCGCGUGUAGACCGUCCAAAUGCUGGCUCUCGUCGUCUCUGCCCGCGAGGCAGAGCGUGCGAUCAAGCAGGAGGGCAGCAAGACGGUAGAGACAGAGUCUGCAGUCAUCGUGCCGCCCGCAAAAACCAAAGCUGUGCAAGUCAAAAGCACCAUCAAGGGUGUCAAGACUUCGCAUGAGCUUGCAAUGGCAGAGGCAAAAAAUUCUCGCUCGACUCUGAUCGUUGCGCCCUUGGCGGUGGUCAAGCAGUGGGAGAGCGAAGCGAAGGAGAAAACGGAAGGCCUGCGCACCUUGAUCCAUCACGGCCCAAGCAGAACGAAACGUGAGUACACAGCGACGUGCCACGUUUCACGUGCGUUGAGGCUGUGCUGAUCCUGUGUGCCAUACCAGACGCCAUCGACUUCGCUGGGUACGACAUCGUCGUAAGUAACACAGAUGACAACGUCUACGUGAAUGGUUCGACUGAUGAGCCUUACGCCUUGCAGAUAACGACGUACACGACGAUGGGCGCCGAAUAUGAAAACUUCGAAGGCAAUGAAGGCAGAGGCAAACCAAAGGCCGUCAAGAAGAAAGGUGGGGCAGCUCAAGAGGCAGCCAACAAAGAUUCGGACUCUACCGAAUCAGCCUCAUCAAGCUCAGCUAGCGAUUCUGAGGACGAUGGUCGUGCGCCACGCAAGAACGCUGCCAAACCGCGCAAGGCGCCUGGCGCUAGGUCGGUAAAGAAAGCAGCUCCGUUGUUCUACCACACUUGGCGACGCAUCGUCCUCGACGAGGCGCAGCAUAUCAAGAAUCGUAACGCGAGAUGCAGCAAAGCCGCCUUCCAGCUGUCCACGCGGGCGCACUCCAAGUGGGCCUUGACCGGGACACCCAUCCAGAACGAUGCCUACGAAAUGUUCAGCCUCAUUCACUUCUUACAGAUCCCGCCUUUCGAUAAUUUUCAGCAUUUCAAAGAAAAGAUUGGCGAGCCUGUCAAGAGCUCAAAUCAGAACCGAGUCAAUUGGGGGAUCAAGAGACUGCAAGUCGUACUGCAGACCAUUAUGCUGAGGCGCACAAAGGAUGUCGCGGGUCUGGACGGCAAACCCAUCAUACCGCUUCCUGAUCGUCACAUCGAUGUCAUCAGCAGCAGCUUUGAUGACGAAGAAGAGCAGAAAUUCUAUCAGAGAUUGCAGGCCAAGAUGAAAGACGACUUCAGCGAAGACAAUCAGGCGAGUGAUGCAAAGUUCGAUCACAUGGGUGCUCUAGUAGCUCUACUGCGUCUGAGACAAGGUACGUCAUGGAACAGAAAUGCAGAAGACGAGACAAGGAGAAUCCGAAUUUACGCCGUUUGACCCUUGACCUGGCGCGACAGCCUGCAACCACCCAGCUCUGUGUUCGAAGAAGGUCGCGGCCGACGCAGUGCAGCCCGCGCCAACCGCAAAGGAUGCUGGCCAGGGCGAAGAAAGCGAAGCAGAAGAUGCAGAUGCUCUUGCCGAUCUCAUGUCGGGCCUGGCAGUGGAACGUAAAUGUGAAAUGUGUCGCGAGACGCUGCUGCCUGGUGCCUCUUCUGGGAAGCUCUGUGGUGCUUGUGAUGAUGCUGUAAAGGAACAGCAAAGGCGCGGGGUCACGUGGACCGAGGGCGGCGUCGGCAGCACCAAAAUCAGAAUGAUGCUCGGCAUACUGGACAACAUCAAGCGCUCCACCUCUGCGACCGGGACUGAGAAAACCAUCAUCUUCAGCCAGGUGCGCAUAAGCAUGGGCGCUCUUGUGCGCUAUACGCUCUGCUUAUCACUUCUUCGAUUCUGUGCUGGUACAGUUCACGUCUUUUCUGGACCUAGUGGAACCCUUCUUGAAGCAAAACAGGCACAAGUUUGUGCGGUACGAUGGGUCUAUGAAACCGGCCGAACGCGAAGGCAAUCUGCAUAGCUUGAAGACGGACCCUACCGUCACUGUCGCUCUCAUCUCCUUCAAAGCGGGCUCUACAGGUCUGAACUUGACAUGCUGCAACCAUGUGGUCCUUUGCGACUUGUGGUGGAAUCCUGCGCUAGAGAGUGAGUGCCAAGUCUUGGUCGUGAUGAAAGGGAAGCUGACGCCGAAUCGCAUCUUGCUCCCUUACCGGCCUGGUGCAGUGCAAGCGUUCGACCGAGCGUGGCGCUUUGGCCAGACGAAGGACGUCAAAGUGUACAAGCUGGUCAUCAAGGACACGGUCGAGCAACGCAUCUUGGUGCUGCAAGAUGCAAAGAGACAGAUUAGCUCGGCCGCACUGGAGGGUUCCAAACUGAAGAAAGGGGGCAACAAGCUCAGCAGGAAGGAACUGUUCUACCUCUUCAGUGGGAGCGAUGUCGCGUGA